AGUUUAGGCCAAGCUUCCUGGUCCGUGGAUAUCCAUCAAAGCUCGUCCUUACACGCGCCGGAGGGGGAUUGGCUUAGCGAGGAAGCAUUGGUAGGGAUCAUUCUCAGCGUAGAAUACCGUAAGAAUGGUCGCAACGGCACGAACGGGACGCGCCAGCUGGAAUUCUUAGUUAGAACUCCCUCCAGCCUCGUUGUCCUGAAACUUUAGCUCAUCAUUCCGCAAAUAUUUCUAAAAUCAAGCUCAGUCUCCUCGGUGUGUCAGAGCGAUCCGGUGCUUGCAUUCUGAGAGCGUGACCUGUAGACUCACCUAGACGAACAAUUUGCUCUUCCUUGUGCGACCGCCUUAGCUGCACCGAAGGACGCCUCGAGGCAGCUAUAGGAUUUCCCAUCGUCCUGUCAGGUAGUCGUUUCCGAGGUUCCGAUCCGUUCCGUGUUGCAAUGUUGCUGCGAAUCACGUUCCAGGGUCCACCCGAACACACCCGACGCCCACAAUGUAGGGUGUAUUAGAAUCUCGGAAUCGGACUGAUGUCGACCUACACAUAGCGUACCUGAGUCUGACAUUAGUGUCGUAAGUACCUAGCUCUAAACGUACGUGGCUGCUGCAGUCGCUGCUGGUGGCCGUCUGGCCAUUGCGAGUGGCAAUGGAUGCACGCGACAGGCGACGGCUGUGGAAAAAAGUGAGCAUCCAUGCUAGUGACGGGGGGUUAUUCACCAUGCUCGCUUUUUUCCAUCACCAGCAGCAGCAGCGACGACAGGGGGUUAUUGCUAGUGACGGGUUAGUGCAAGUGGCAAGGGAUGCACGCGACAGGCGACGGCUGUGGAAAAAGGUGGGCAUGGUGGGAGGUUAUUGCUAGUGACGGGUUAGUGCAAGUGGCAAUGGAUGCACGCGACACGCGACGGCUGUGGAAAAAGGUGGUUUCACAGAAGCUGGCUCUUCCUGGUUCUUUCGCCAUCAGGCCGUCCCUUUUCUGCCACUUUUGAGUCAACUCAAAAGUCACCUCGUCCCUUUUCUGCCACUUCAACCACUUUUCUCGUUCCGCUCGACAGGUCCCACCCACGCACACGUCGCCUCUUACGCAUUCGUUGCUCCUGCUGUUGUGUGCGAUCGACCUUUUGCAUGCCUUUUUUGAGGGCAGCGAGGCGGCCAGAAGUGCAGCCGCCCAUCUGGUUUGCGGCGUUUCGAGCAUGCUGCUCUGUGCGCCGGAUCACGUGCCUCUUCUUCCUCUACGUGCUCACCGUGCUGCUGCUCUAUGAGAUCGGGGGAGUGGGCCACAUGUGUCCGGCGGAUCUCUCGUGCGAGUACCCCACGGAGGGCAUGUUCUGGGACCACCCCAUGCUGCCUCGCAAGCCCCCUCGAGUCGUCCGCUCCUACCUCGUCAACGCCUCCGCCGCCGCUGCUAUUGCUGCCGCUGCUGCUGGCAAUGCUACUGGCUCUGGCGCUGCUGGCAGGGGAAGGGGCAGGCACCGUCUAGGAGCAGCAGGAGCAACAGGGGGAGGAGCAGGAGGCAGGGCAGCAGCAGGGGGAGCAGCAGGGGGAGCAGGGGGGGGAGCAAGAGGGGGAGAAAGAGGGGGAGCAGCAGGGGAUGCAGCAGCAGGGGGUGUGGAGGAGCAGGUACUAGUGGUGGAGCAGGAGGAGGAGGAAUACGUGGUGGGGGGGCAUCUGCUGGUGCAGGAGACAGGGGAGGGGCCCGAGAAGCCUGAGAGCUGCGUGGAGCUCUGUGGGAACGUGCCGGACUGCGCCUUCUGGAUGUAUGAUAUGGGCAGUGAGAAAGGCUACUGCAAGCUGUGGGCGGCGGAUCAGAACCCGUGUGAACCAAGAGAGUGGGUGCUGCUGGGUCGGGCGGCGCACUUUGCGCAGCGGUGGCUGGUGCGCAACCGGUACGUGGUGGGGGGGUACUGCCGCACGGUGGAGACGAUGGAGGAGAAGCGAAGGAAGAGGAACGCCCCGCCGCCCCCACCACCCCCGCCUGAGGAAGAGGAGGAGGAGAAACGGAUGGCUGAAGAAGACGUGGCCCUGGAAACCAACGAAUGUCCCAAGCUGACGUGUAACACGGUAACGCGCGGUUACAUGUUCGACCAUGAGGGCAAGGGCCACUUCAACUUCACCUACACAGGCGUCGGGCCCUCCCGCCCCCACACCUGCUACCUGCUGUGCCGCAAGACGCUCGGCUGUGCGUUCUGGAUGUACAACAUGCGGUCAAAACGAGGCGCGUGCAAGAUGUGGACGAGGGAGCAGAACCCGUGUGAGCCCACCGACGCCUUUGACUCCACCACAGCGCACUACGUGGCUAAGCGGCCCACGGGGUCGUUUGUGAUUGGUGGAAAUUGCGACAAACUGCCGCCCAUGAAGGGGGAUGCAAAGGCUAGACAGGCGCAAAUGGCACAGCAGCAGCAGGUGCGACAAGAACAGGUGCAGCAAUAGCGUGUGCAACCAGCAAUAGGGUCUUUCAUAUUGCAGUUUAAGUUACCUAAGCUCCAAAUUACCCUCAUCCCAAGAAGUAAAACAAGUGAUAUGUUAUAAAGGGCCACCUGUCGUGCUUGCAAGGAGAUUCUGUACUGCAGGUCACGAGAGCUAGGUAGCUAGGAACUGUAGGAAGCCACAAAAAUGGCGUGAGGGUUUAGCUAGGAGAAAGUUGACAAGAGAAAAGAGAGCGAGAAUAGAAGAGAGAGGCAUACAAGGAGGGGGGUUGUACCCCCUACAGUUGGUUGCAAUAACACCUACCAAGCCUACCAAUUAUAC